AAUUAUUCACUUGAACAAAAUAAGAUCGAAAGAAUUACAUAUCGUUUAAUGGACUGGUUAAUAGAUGAUAUGCAGGCCUUUCAUGUAGUAGAUAAUCGAAAAUUUCAAAAAUUCGUUCAUGAACUUGAACUAUUUUAUUCUAUUCCAUGUAAAAAUUCUUUAUAUAAAAAAAUGAGUGAAGCCGUUAGCACAGUCGAGCAAAAUUUAAGUGAAUUAAUGAACAAUUCUAUAGAAUCUUUCUUUUUUACAACUGAUUUGUGGACUCAAGACCAUAAACCUUAUAUCGGGAUUACAAUUCAUUGGAUAACUCCUGAUUUUAAUAUUAAAUCAGCUUUACUUACAAUCGAAACUUUUAAGUAUCCUCACACAGGCGAUAAUAUUGAAGAUUGUCUGCGCAAAGAAUUCCAAAAAUGGAAUAUUACUGAAAAACUUUUUGGUGGUACAACUGAUAAUGAUUCAGCUAUGGUCAAGGCAAUAC